AUGGGAUUAUGUACAAAUCUGCAGGUUGUUCCGAGUCUCUUCAACUUGUCAUCUCUUGCAACAGUCGGGAUGAUGGGAUGCUGUCAAAUGAGGAAACUUCCAGAUAUUUCCACAACCAUCACAAGCCUCUCAAUCACAGACACGAUGUUAGUGGAAUUUACUGAAUCAAUUGGACUCUGGUCUCGUCUCAAGAGUCUCUAUAUAUUUGGUAGUGUCCUUCCACGUGAUUUUUUGACACAGUCACAUGUUACAAAAUUGAUACUAGAGAGAAGUGGCGCAGAUAUUGAAAGAAUUCCAGACUGCAUCAAAGAUCUUCAUAGGUUGGAAACGCUUUGGAUAGUUGGAUGUUCAAAACUUGUAUCACUGCCAGAGCUUCCUAAGUCGCUCACAUCACUAUUCGUAUGGAAUUGUGAAUCACUGGAGACACUAGUACCUUUCCCUUCUGACUCUCGGAUUGAGUAUCUCUGUUUCCUUGACUGUCUCAAAUUGGGUCCAGGAGCAAGGAGAGCAAUUCUCAAGCAAUCAUGGCGGGCAUGCUUACCUGGAAGAGAUAUACCUGCAGAGUUCAAUCACCGGGCUAUAGGAAACUCCUUGACCGUUAGUGCAAAAUCCUGCGGAUUUAAGAUGUGUGUCAUCGUUUCCCCUAAAUCAAAAAUGGAAGAAAGUAACUGUAUAGAAUUAGUAUGCCGCAUAAGCAUAAAUGGUUGCCCCACAGAGAAUUGCAUAUUUCCUCUUGCUUGUAGAGUUCAAUCAGAGCAUCUGGUUAUAUCUUACUCGGAUAUGCUUAGCGACGACGACGAUACUGAACAGUACAGAGAGAUAUUGUUCGAAUUCAGCUGCUCAUCCCGGGAAAUUGAAAUUAUGGAAUGUGGUGUCCUGAUCUUGAGGGACAUUUACGACUAUGGAUUUUUUGCGAAACAGAAGUUGGUGAAACAUAUGUUAGAAAAAUGUGGAGGCCUUGAUGAGAGCCUUGCUGCAGCAAUAGCAGAGACCACGGUGGAUUUUCGUGAUGGCCCUGAAUGUUAUGUAGUUUAUGAAAAGAUGAUUGAUGAUUAUUAUGGGAGCCUUGAGGAUGAUUCAAAACAACCGUUGGAAAACGACGACGUAAGUCUCUCUGAUGAGCGCUUUGAGUUGGAUGAAUCACGAGUAGAUAUCAUUGAGGAUUUGCAUGGGAGCCUUGAGUAUGAUGCAUCACGAGUAGCGACCGAUGAUGGUUUAUUUGCUCCCACUUUUUUUUCCUUCGGAUUCUGAUUCCAAGUUUUUUUUAUGGGUUUUUAAUGUAAAAACCCCUCAAGUAUGUUUCAUUUGGAUAGAAACCCCUCAAUAAAUGAUUCAAUAUAUUAA